AUGGAGCCCUGCGCCAACAGCCAGCGCAAAGAGGCUGCUGAGGGAACCCGCGGCCGCUCCGUCCGCAGAGCCAGGCCAGAGAGGCCUCUGCAGCGUGGAACUGUGAUAUGUUUUAUUCCGUGUGUCCACACCCUCAGCCCAGUGCUGCGUCACGCCGUUCGACUAACUGUGUUCUGUGAUAUAAACUCUGAAAUCUUCAAGCAAAAACUGGACUCAGUGCCAGAUCAAACAAGUUCAGAAGAACAAAUGGAGGACUGGUCAAAAGAAACACGCAUCCUGGAACAGAAAAAGGAAGACUUUUGUAUUGAGUUUCAGUUUCAUCAGAAUUCUCAAAAAACCCGAGAAUUUUUCAUCCAGGCAGAAGAUGAAGCGCUGAAACUUUCAGAUUUGCCAAUAACCAGUCAAAGAGGAGGAGUUCCAAAUGAUUGUAAUUCCAGUCCUGAAGAAUUAAGCACUGCAGAAAGAAAGGCUAACAGGACGCUCCCUGAAUUUAUAUCCUCAUGGAAGGAUGCUGCAGAUUUAGGUGGAAAAACAGAAGCUGCAUUCCUUUUAAAAGAAUUGGACAUUCUGAGGGCCAAAAAUAAAAAGCUUCAAGAUAAGCUGUCUGAAAAGGACAAGGAGCUGAAGACAAUAAAAUUGGACUUAGAACUGCAGGAGAGAGCUACAGAAGCUAAGAUUGCAGAAAAGAUUGCAGCUCUGGUGGAAGAAGUUUAUUCUGCUCAACGGGAACGUGAUGAGGCUGUCAUGGCAAGGCUUAGGUUAGCCAAUGAAGAGAGAGAUGAAGCAUUUCUACGACUCCAGCGUUUAGAAGAGUCCCUCAAAGAGCUAGAAAAUAUUAACCCUGAAGAAAAUGACAUGACAUUACAGGAAUUACUGAACAGAAUAAACAAUGCAGACACAGGGAUAGAUAUACUGAAGAACGGAGCUAUAAUUCUGAAUCGAAUACACAGGACCAAAGAACGUAAAAAGAAAAUAAUAGCUGAGGAAAUGAAUGCAGUAAUAGAACAACGGGAUGCUGCUUUGUCUCAAUGCAAACGGCUGGAGCAGGAGCUUCAUCAUCUGAAAGAGCAGAACCAGACUUCAGCAAACAACACGAGACAUCUGACUGCUGAAAACAAUCAAGAACGUGCUCUGAAG